AUGUCACAUAAUCGACGAGCCCGUAGAGCACCUCAGGAAGAGGAAGACGCCUCGAAGUUAAAAUUUGGUGAAGAUUUUGAAGGCGAAGAAUUUUUAUUCAUUUCUGAAGUGCAUCUUUUGCUACAAAAAACACCCGAAAAUCAAAAAAAUACACCAACAUUGAUGAGACAUAAGCUUCACAAGUAUGAAUUGGUUCAGUUAGCCAAUUUAUGUUGUGAUGAAGUAGAGGAGGCAAAAUCUCUUAUUCCAAGGAAA